AUUGUAGUUCGUACAUUCCGUCGGAGUAGACGCUGCGAGUUGCUCGCGUUGACGAUUCACUCGCCACGUGCCCCGUUCAACAAUAGUUUAUACUUUUACUGUGACCUAAUUAUACCAAGCUUUAAUACGUUAGCAUAUUGGAAACGAAUUAGAAAAGUGUCAGCACAAGUUUCAAAAUGUGAAUUUAUACUUUUAAUAUUUGCAGCGCAGAUUAACGAGAAGUGACUCAGUGAUUCUAAAGUUUUUAAGUGUUUUCAUCGGCUGUGAAUGAGAGGAGGAUGUCUGUUUUCGAACUGCGAUAGAUUGGAUACUUAACUAAAAUAAACCCGACUAAUCAGCUUCGUGCGAUUGGGAUACGGUUUAUAAUAACUUACGCAUGGGAGCCAAUGCAUACGUUUAAAAUUUUACUUUGGUAUUUAUAAGAAAAUUGUCAAAAUGAUUUUUAUCCGGAGCUGGCAGUUAUUAACAGUUGCUGUUGGGAUCAUAGUAACAUGCCCGAACGUUAUGACAUUUAGCAACUUCACAACAGCAGAUGACGAAACGAGUGGUCCGACAAUUAUACCCAAUAAAAAUGAAAUAAUUUUAAAGGAAGGUCAAAACUUCACGAUAUAUUGUAAAUGGAAUCAUCCAGUACAAAUAAAGCAACAAGAAAUUGGGGAAGAGAGAACAGGGUCUUUCGAAAUGGUAUUAAGAGACGUCUCAAGUCCUAAUGAUCCGAAUGUAUAUGAAUCCGCGCUCGAUUUGUACAACGUUGAUAAAUUUACUGUCGGUUAUUACGCAUGUUUUAAUAAAACAGUGAACGAAACUGAUUUCUUAAAAAAUAUAAUGGAAGAACCUGUCAAUACGAAAAACAUUUCAUAUAUUUAUAUCUAUGUUGAUGAAACGAAUAGCUUACUUGCACCCAUGAGGGAGGUCGUAAUAACGAGAAAUGAUACCACUAUUUUAGUCGAAUGUAGACCUACGACACCUGAUGUAAACGUUACGUUGUUAGGGGAAUUUGCAGACAAUGAAUACACAGUAUACAAUUUUAGCCCCAAAAUCGGGUUCACCUUCGAUAACAAUCUUUUGGAUGUUACAUUAUCUAUUUUCACUUGUGUCUUUGAGAGACGAGGCUUAACGGAUCGAAGCUACGUUUUUGUAAAUAAAUAUAAAAACGUGGUGCCUCCAACGCCAAAGAUUAUAAUUAAUUCAAAGUUUUUCUUGGAGGGUGAAACCUUUUCCCUCAAUUGCACAGUAUUAUAUACAACUAAUUCGGCAGUCAAAUUAACAUGGAAUAUUCCACGACAAGAACCGAUAGAGGAGAGUAUUGGAAUUGAUACGAAUGAACAUAAUAUGACAGGCGACAUUUUGUACAAAAGUAUUACCAUAGCGAAUGCAACUAUAAACGAUGCAGGAAACUAUACGUGCACAUGUACCAACCCAAUCGACAACCGCGUAGCGAGAGUUGUAAAAAUAUACAAAGGUAAUAGAGGGUAUGUUAAACUUAAAUCAGCACUACGAAAUCUUGAUUUAAUCGAAGCUACGCAAGAAACGAUUCGUUUGCAAUUUAUAAUAGACGCAUAUCCUCCAGCAAAUUUUAUGUUCCUGCUUGAUGGUAAAAAGCUGCCAGAAGACGAUGAGAAAUACAAAAUAACCAAGAAAUAUGAUUCUGUUUAUCUGAAUAUAGAUCCUUUGAAUAUUGAAGAUACUGGAAGCUAUACUAUGGUUGCUAGCAAUGAAUACGAAAGUGAUAAUUUAACAUACAACAUUAGAGUAAAAGCUUCUCCUGUUGUUGAAUUCGGGCCAGAAGUCGACAAAAAAUAUUUAUUAGGCUCAAUAGCGACGCUUAAGUGUGAGGCUAUUGGAUAUCCCUUGCCAAAAAUAAAGUGGGUAUUCAUAAAUGAAACUGGCGAAGAAAAUUCUUACGAGGCUAUCAAUUCCACUGCCGAGUCAAUUAUAAGAGUAUCCUCGCUUGUCAAAGUACCAGUACAGACUUCGGGAACUGUAAUAUGUCAUGCAAGAAAUUCAGAGGGAAAUGAUUCUGCAACGAGGAAUCUUCUAGUGUAUGAGAUACCAGGCGGUUUCGGAGUGAAGAAUGCCGACAAGGCCUGGUUUCCUGAGGGUCAACGUGUUAGGAUGGCAUGUUACGCUUCAAAGUAUAACUUUCUCAAUGUCAGAUGGAUAAGAGAUGAUAACAAGUCAAGAGUGGAUAUUGUGACGCUAAGAACGUCUCCCUUCUCUUUGAUUGCAACAUUGGAAAUACAAAAUAUAUCAAUUGAAGAUGAAGGCAAUUACACUUGUAUUGGAGAAAAAAAAGACGGCUCAAGCGAAAGUCAAACGGUUUUAUUCACGGUUGCAGCAACGCAUCCACCUAUAAUAACAGCACCAGAAAAGGAUAUAGACCAAGAAGUGAAUCCAUACCUACCAGUGAAGCUUUCUUGUCAAGCUAAUGCUGUCCCACCACCUGUUGUAACUUGGCGUAGGAAUGGCGAAGUGUUGCACAAUGAUAGUAACAUAGAUAUAUUUGUGGACUAUUUAAAUUAUACAACUGUCAACUCUACUAUUUAUAUAAAGCAAAUGAUCGACGAUUAUAACAAAUACGAAUGUGCCGCUGAAAGCGGAGGAAUCGUUAAGCACAGGUCUUACAAUUUAAUUAUAAAAGAAAAAUCACCUUUUAAAUCUGCUAUAUAUCUCAGUAUAAUUGGAGUCAUAUUAUUGUGUCUAGUUUUGUUAAUUAUUUAUCUAGUGUGGAAGGUACGUAAAGAGAAACAGUUUAGGAAAGAAUUAGCUGCAGCUGGUUUAUUAUACUUCAAAGAAGGGGUAACAAGAUCUCUCAAUCCAGAUCUUGGUAUCGAUGAACAAGCGGAACUGUUGCCGUAUGAUGAGAGAUUUGAGUAUCCAGCUGAUAAACUUAUUUUAGGAAAGCAACUUGGUGCAGGUGCUUUUGGCGUCGUGUAUAAAGCUGAAGCCCGUGGUAUCAUCAACGCUGAGGAGACCACGCCGGUUGCUGUUAAAAUGGUUAAAAAGACCGCAGAUAACAUGUAUAUUAAGGCAUUGGCUUCUGAAUUAAAAAUCAUGGUACAUCUCGGAAAACACGUGAACAUUGUGAAUUUACUUGGUGCCUGUACAAAGAAUGUUGGAAAAAGGGAAUUGAUUGUAAUCGUGGAAUACUGUAAGUUCGGCAACAUACACAAUUACAUGCAGAAGCAUCGAGAAGUAUUUAUUGAUCAGCUAACUGAUAACAAAGAGAAGAAUCUCGGCAGAGAAAACAGAGCAUUUUCGUACAGCACGGGAAGUAGCGGUAUGCAGUCAGACUAUUUCGGUUCUAAUCACACUCAAGAAACGGAUCACACGUUUGUAAACACCGCCAAUACAAAUAGAUCCGGCAGGAAAGAUAAUACUAAUCAGCACGUGGAGUUCGUUCGAGUUUCUGAGACGGGAUAUGUUCAACCGGAAUGGCGAUCAAAUUACGAGACUGACUAUAGUUUUGAAGGACGGAACCCACGACCAUUGACAUCAAGAGAUCUAUUAGCGUGGGCCUUUCAAAUCGCAAGAGGCAUGGAAUAUUUAGCUAACAGAAAGGUAUUGCAUGGCGAUCUAGCAGCAAGAAACAUUUUGUUAGCCGAAGACAAUAUAGUAAAAAUUUGCGACUUCGGCUUAGCGCGAAGCAUUUAUAAAAAUGAUGAAUACAAGAAGCAAGAGAAUAGUCCACUUCCAGUGAAAUGGUUAGCGAUUGAAUGUAUGACUGACAGGAUAUUUUCAACGCAAUCAGAUGUCUGGUCAUUUGGAAUUGUAUUGUGGGAGUUAUUUUCUCUAGCCAAAACUCCUUACCCGAAUGUCAGUCCAACCAGUUUAGUGCAGUGGCUAUCAGAUGGACACCGUCUCGACAAACCGCAAUAUGCAGACAACAAGUUAUAUGAUGUGAUGCUUCGCUGCUGGCAACAAAAGCCUACAGCGCGACCAAAUUUCAGCCAAUUACAGGAGAUCCUUGGCUCAUUCCUUGAAGAUAAUGUGCGAAAUCACUAUGUAGAUUUGAAUUCUGCAUACAUGGACCUGAACGUGAAAGCCGAAGGGCAAGAGGACUAUUUGGCGAUGAUGUGCGCGCCCGACUACAACAACAUGGUGACACCCAGCCCGCACCACUAUGUGAACGAAGCUAAAAGUUUCUUCCCACCAACACCUACACUCCAACACGAUGACGAAGGCUAUUUGCAAAUGAGUCCAACUAAUCAGUCCAUAUUUAGUCCACGAGCUCAGAGCGCAAAGUUUGAUUUUGACGCACGCAAAUUGAACACAAGGGCUUCUGAUCCUAAUCAUGGAUCCGAAUUGACUCCUAUGCUAACUCUGAACAACUUGCCAGCGAGAAGUGGCUCAGAAUCGGACUAUGAUGGUAACGUAUCACCGUACCUCAACAUGUGCCCGAGAAUCGAGGAAGAAACAGACGAAGUUUUCGAAACGAAACAAUAUAAUUUUAAGAAUACACAAAAUAAUCAGAAUAGCGCCGUAACAAAUCCCACUUACAUAACAUUCGACGUUGAUUUGGAAAAGAAACCUCAGAACAUUUCCAAUAAUUACAUCAACGUCAAUGGUCUAGUCAAAUAGAUAAUUCUAUAACACACGAUAACUUCUAAUCUUGAUAAUUAUUGUUACUCUUAUUAAAUAACUGAAAAAAAAAUCUUGAUCUCCUACAAAUUUUGAUUAAAUAUGUGUGUAGUUUAGUGGCAUUAGAAAUCUCAGUAAUAACUUUUGCAUGAAAAUACUUCUUAUUUUCUAUAUAAUUUUAUUUUAAUAUUCAUUAGUUUUUAUUUUAUAUAUUGCGCGAUUUAAAGUGAAUCAUAAUAAAAAAAUUAAGAUAAGGUCGUAAAUGAAUGUAUAAGUUGUGUGAUAUUUUGAUAUAGAAAGACGCUGGAUAAAAUUUGAUAAUGAAAUGUUGGUACUCUUAGUAUAUUAUAUUAUAUAGAUUUAAUUUAUUAAGCUAAUGUAGAGCCAGUAUUUUCUUUGAUGAGCCCACCAUUUAAACAUUUUGUAAAUAGAAUACUUAUUAUAUAAGCUAAAUAUGUUUUUAUCUCCAUCAUUCCUUUAAUGAUUUUCGUGACUGUGAUUUUCUACGAGAUAAAGGAAGUCUUCAUAAAAUAAGAUAUAUACAGAUUAUAUACAUUUUAAUAAAUAAUAAAAACAUUGUAAUUUCUUUUAACUUGACAGGCGAGUUUGUUUAUUUAUAUAAAUAUUUCUUUAUUUAUUAAAAAUGUAAUUGAAUCGUUAUAUUAUACAAAAUAUAUAUAUAAAGUUUAUAUAAACGUUAGAAUUCUCAAAACUUUAUGUAUUUGUGGGACGUGUAUCUGUAGUUUUUUGUAUGUGUUUUCUAAAAUACGUCUAUGUUUUAAUGUUAUAUUAUUCGUAAUGUGCUUCGUGUUGAUAUAAUAAUAUAUUUUUGUUGAUUUAUUGAUAAAAAUAUUUUUAAAAUGUAAAUGCCAUAAACUCGAUUAUAAUAAAUAAAUGGGAU